CACCGCUAUGUGGCAGCACCUAUACCGUUGCUAGGCGAUGACAAGUUUUCUGAUUCUCGUCGGUUGCCUUUUUGGUGGCGGAGGAAGAGUUUGUUGUCCGCAUUUAGACGGAAUAAGAAGGAAUUUUCUUUGGUAUUAAGUUUAUAAUUAAACCGUAAGGCAUAACGAUAACGUUGUAGCAACACAAAACUACCUUUGGAUUAAUAUAAAUAUCAGAGUUUACAUAUCUUGGAACUGUUUCGUGGAUCGUGGAUCUUUGGAACUGAAUUGUGACAAUGGAAAGAGAUAGUGAAACAUUAUUGAGCCAUAAGAAGAAGAAAAAAGAAAAUAAUAACAUGAAGGAAUGGGUAACAUUUCCAUUUAAGCCUGUGAUGACGGUUAUCAGGAAAUAUUAUGGCUGAAGUUUUUGACCACUUACUUUCUGACAUCAGUAAUGAAAAUUUAGACAUUUCAAAACUUUUCCCAAAAUGUCAGACACAUCGUGUUUCAAAUGAUGUGAAUCAAAAUAAAGUAUCCGAAGAAAAAUUGCCUUCGGUUCCCAACAAUGAAAGUGAUAUUAAUACUCCUAAUAAAGCAGUUAACCAUUUUAAUCAUGGAAGUGAAGAUUGUGAGUCACCUCUCAGUGUAUCAGAUAUGAGUGAAACUUCUUCAUUAGGAAGGACUAAAGAAAUUAAAGAUACUUCUAGCAAGAAUGGAAAUAUAGAAGAAGGUUUAUAUACAAAUGCUUAUGAACAGUAUGAUCAUUCAUUUGCAGUUGAAAUGAAGAAACAACAUUCAUCAUGUGAUGAUCCAGAUAAAGUUAUAUACGAUUCCCAACUUGAUAUUGGUUAUCACGUAGAUGCAAUUCCAGAAUUUUCUGUAAGAGAUAGUCGGUUACAGAUUGCCGGUGGUAGAGAAUUAUUUUCGAAGACCUGUCGUAGACCCUCUCGAAGACAUCAUAGUGAUGAAGUUGUAUAUCAUCCGCCUCGUGAUUUCCAUGCACAUACUGACUAUAAAAGGCGAAGUGGAGAAGUAUAUUAUGAUGAAAAUUUAACAAAUUAUGAUUACAGAAUGCACUCAGGGUAUGAGGACAAACUGUUAUCACAAUUAGGAAAUAAGAAUAUCUUGCCACAAAGUGCCCCUAAAGCAGAAGUUGGAGAUUCUCCAGUUAAUUCAUGCAAUGGUAUCCAUGUUCUAAGAACAAGUUCAAAUUCAGGUAAAGUCUUUCAACCGGUUUCAGAACAAACCCAAGAACAUACUCUGUCUUCUGGUCAUCUUGUCUACGAAGCACCAAUUCAUAAUGCUGAAGUGAUAUAUGAUGAUAUUGGUGAAUUAGUUACUCACCAAAAAAUAGAAAGAAGAAACAGUUUAUUAGAUGUAAGAGGACCUCAAAAUGAAAUACUAGGUUCCAUGGAAAUAUAUACAGAAUCAAUAACAACUGAUGCAAAUGAAAAUAGUGAAAGCAUAUCUUUUCAUAACAAAUCUAGAUCACAUGUUUAUAGUCAUGAUAUAUCAGCAUUUGAACCAUAUUCUAGAGAGAGUGAAAUUUGUGAGAGAUCACAUCCUAGUCAACGAGUUGAUAUUGGUGAUGAAGAUGAAGAUCAAAAUUAUGAAGAAGAAAUGGAUACAAAGUCAGAACCUUCAUUUCCUGUGAAACAAGGUGUUGUUCGUGUUAUUGGAAAUUUGCCAAUAGCAGAAUAUGAAGGCUCUCCUCGUAGAUAUGGACCUAGACCAGGUCAUCCGGAACGUGUUGUUAAAGAUAACUAUAAACAUUGUGUUGAUAACAGAGAUGAUAAUGAAGAGCUUUCAAAAUCUGAUAUGCAUAAUAAAGUUACAAGGCAAAGUCCACAGAGCAUGUUAUCUUGGUUACAAAAUCACUCUUCUGAGUCAGAAAAUCAGGAAAUUGUAGAAAAUGAUUUAAAUCAUAAUGAAGAAGCAUUUUCUUGUCACUGCCAAGAAUCUGAAAUAAAUUCAGUUUGUAAUAAUCCAAAACAUGAAAAUAAUUGCAUAAAGCAACAUGGAUUGAAAACAACUGUGAGUGAGUCUGAUUUUAAUGAAUUGGAAUAUAAAUUAUAUUGUGUAAAUACUGGAAAUUCUUAUAUUGGAAGCCGUUUAGCACAUUUUUUAGGGAGUAAUAAUCACGACAGUCCUAAGAAAGUUGAUGUUAACUGUAGUGUUAUGACAUCUCAAUCAAAUGAUAUAUUUUCUGAUCAAAUGAUAUCAGAAAAUGAUGUAUCUAUCUAUGUGCCAACAGAACAAGAAGAAUUGCUACAUAAACGUGUUCUUCAACAUACAGGUGCAAUGGAAAUUGUGGAGGCUGAUCACGAAUCACUUAGCAAUUAUACUGAAGAUCUUGGAGAAACGGAAAUGGGUGAGCAAGUGGAUCAUACUAGAAAUUUUACUCUUUCACCAGAAACGACAGAAUGUGAUAGUAAUGAUGUAGAAAGUGAAGUGUCAUUUGAAGGGAGUUUGAAUUCUAGUGGUCGUUUACCAAGUAGUAUGCCUAUUUUAGAAGAUGGGCUAUCAAGUGGACAAAGUAGUGAUAGGGAAGAUAUGGAAGGUUGCAAUACAAAUGGUGAUAUAGUUGAUGAAUCUGAAAAUCAAACUUUAUUAUUAAUGAAAAAACAAAUUAGUGAAAUUGAACAGGAAAUUGCUAAGAGACCACAAAAAUUAGAUGUUAUUAAAAAACCUAGAAAGGAUCCAGAAGAACAUUUUCAUCAGAGACCUACUGUUGCCCACACACCUUUACAGGAUGUUGAUCUUAGUUAUUUUGAUUCAUUAGCUCAGAAACAAGUAGAAUUAAGCCCUAGUCUUACUGCUUAUAGUCAAGAAUAUUCAGAAGAACCUAUUAUGGAAAGUGAUAGGUAUAAGAGAGAGAUGGUUUCAGAAGCUAUUCGUGAAAUUAAAAAAGCAAUUCAGCAUAGCAAAAGUGUGCAGCUGAAAAACACUCCUUCAGGAAAAACAGAAGGACUAAAUCAACCAGUGUGGGUUCCAAGAUUGUCUCAUUCAAACUCUACACAACAUGAAGGUCAGGAACCCCAUGCAGAACAUGGCAUUGAAGAAGAAAAAUGGAUAUUAUCUCUCAAUUGUGUUAUGACUGAAGAGAAUAGAAUGUUUCUUAAUCAGGAAAUUUCCAUGGAAAGAAAAAAUACUUCUAAAGAAGUGUUGAUCCAUGAACCAGCAGUCCUCAUUGAAGGAGUUUUGUUUCGGGCACGAUAUCUCGGUUCGACGCAACUGGUUUGUGAGGGCCAGCCGACUAAAGCCACUCGUAUGAUGCAAGCCGAGGAAGCUGUCAGUCGGAUAAAGUCAUUGGCUCCGGAAGGUGAGACUCAGCCUAAUACAGAAGUUGAUUUAUUUAUAUCAACAGAGAAAAUAAUGGUUUUAAACACUGAUUUAAAGGAAAUUAUGAUGGAUCAUUCUUUGCGUACUAUUUCAUACAUAGCCGACAUCGGCGAUCUCGUAGUUCUUAUGGCAAGACGUAGAAUAUUAAAUAACCCAGAAGAACUGGGAGAUUCAAAGUUGAAACGCAUGCCAAAAAUGAUCUGUCAUGUAUUUGAAUCAGAUGAGGCUCAGUUUAUUGCUCAGUCAAUAGGACAAGCAUUUCAAGUUGCUUACAUGGAAUUCCUUAAAGCAAAUGGCAUCGAAGAUAGUAGUUUUGUAAAAGAAAUGGAUUACCAAGAAGUAUUAAAUUCUCAAGAAAUAUUUGGAAAUGAAUUAGAAAUGUUUUCAAAAAAAGAAAAACAAAAAGAGGUGGUCGUACCUAAGCAAAAGGGAGAAAUUCUCGGAAUGGUGAUUGUAGAAUCUGGAUGGGGUUCCAUGCUGCCAACUGUAGUCAUUGCUAACAUGGCACACAAUGGACCAGGUGCACGUUGUGGUCAAUUAAAUAUUGGGGAUCAAAUCAUAGCUAUCAAUGGAAUUAGUUUAGUGGGUUUGCCAUUAUCUACAUGUCAGAAUUAUAUUAAGAAUACAAAGAAUCAGACAGUUGUAAAACUGACCGUAGUGCCUUGUGCACCAGUAGUGGAAGUUAGAAUAAAACGACCAGAUACAAAAUAUCAAUUAGGAUUUAGUGUUCAAAAUGGUGUGAUAUGUAGUUUACUUCGUGGAGGUAUAGCAGAAAGGGGUGGUGUACGUGUAGGUCACAGAAUAAUUGAAAUUAAUGGGCAGAGUGUUGUUGCUGUACCACAUGAAAAAAUCGUUCAUUUACUUGCAACGUCUAUUGGCGAGAUUCACAUGAAAACAAUGCCCACAUCAAUGUUUCGGCUACUAACUGGUCAAGAUACUCCAGUGUAUAUUUGAAAAGAAAAAACUGGAAUAGAUUAAUUUUUUGCAACAUUAAUGUGGACCACGGUAUUUCUGAACUGUAGAAAUGUUGCCUCAUGUUUAUUAUUAAUUUACUGGCUCAGGAACGUUCUCUUUUAUACAAAUAAUUACACAGUGAGGGAAAAAGUAACUUGUAAAGAAAAAAAAACAAAAAGAGAAAUUGACCUCAUCUUGAAAAGAAACUAAACUGAGUCGAGCAAUUGGUUUUCCAGCUCAGUAAGGAAGAAAUCAUCUACGUUGAACUGCUAAUUAAAAAAAAAAAAUUGGUAUUUAUUUCUUCUUAUAUGCUGUAGGCUGAGUUUUAGCUUUAACUCAUCUGCAAUAUCAGUCUGUAAUACCUCUCUAGUCAUGAUUAAAUAUGUGUGCUCUAGAGAAAAGAUUAAAAAAAUUCAGGUUUUUGCAAUGUAAUUUGAAGUCAUCAGUAUUUUUGCUAGAAUUAGCUUUUUAGAUGCUGUGGGUAGUCUUUUCUGAUUUCCACAAUAUUUGCUGCUAUGAUGUUUUAAACCGAAUGAAUAGAAUGAUCUUGGAAUAUAGCAUCAUAUUAUAAUCGAGAGCUGCUCCGUACUAUUUUCAUUCAAAAAAAAUUUAAUAAUAAUAAAGUAAUAGGAGUAGUUGUGAAUCCUUUAUCACUGUUUAUUUUGAACGAAUAAGAAAAAUUUACUAGUUACGCUAUACAAAAUGUGGGUAACUGAAACAAGUAAAGGUGCUAUGUGUGACCGCAUCGGAGAAGAAAAUGGCGAUUACGAAACCGACAUAUAGCGUAAGCAUUCUUUAUAUAUGUUCUAGUGAUUUAUGCAAGACGUGUGCAGGGACAGAUGAGCGACCCACUCUGCACUUCUGCAGUCGAACUACCUUGGUGCCUCCUUUUACAUGUUCCUCUUACAGUACUGUAGAGUAGAUGAUAUAAAUUGCUUCCGUGUUACGACUUUUUGCCAAAAAAAAAAAACAGAAAAAAAAUGAAAAACAAAAAAAAAUAAUGGCAAUCGAUUCUGUAGUCACUUUACUGGAAAUUUAUUUUAGAGCCUGUUUAUUUAAAGAAAAGGUUUGAAUUUGAGUAAAUUCAAACAAGACCGAUUGUGAUAGUUUAAAAUGGAACAAGUCAAAAUUUAAAUCUAUUCAAAGCUAUUUGGUGGGAAGUUUUUAUACCCAUCCAUUAUUAAUUUUGCUUCCUUCUAAAGAUUUGGAUCAGAAGUUAAAUCAUGCAUUCAGAAAGUUUUUAUCUAAAUACUAUUUUGUUCAAUGAUCUCUGAAUUCUUUGUUCCCAUAUUUGAAGGAAAUUUCAUUUUGUAGUUUAAGAUUUGACUUUUUGCAUUUCAUCUAUCUUGGUAACUUUUUUGGGACAGUUUAAAAAGCAACGAUUAAAAUUUAUAAAAGAAAGGUACUAAACAUUUUUGAGAAAAUUGUAUAUCGAGUAUAUUGAUUGUAAAUCUUAUCCAUACAUUGGCAUAAUUAAAAUGAGGACAAAAUGAAAAAGAAUGAUGCAAAAACGGAUGAAUUAUUUUACGUGCCAAUUGAUUAAACAUAUCAUUCCUCCUUCUACAUUGUUUUUAAUUUAAUAGAUUCUGUAGUAAACUGCAAUUAUUUAUGAGUAAUGGAUAUAUUAUUUAAUUUGUGAAUCUAAUGGAGAGACACGCAGAUGUAUUUUUUAAAAAGGAUAAACGAAGACGACAGAGUUUUUAAUUGUUGUAAAAAUUUUGUAAUAAUGUUUUAUGUUAAUUUAUUUGUUGAUGUAUAUAGUGAAUGUGAAUUUACUUGAAAGUUUAUGAUUAAUCUAAUUUUUUAUUUAAUAACAGUUUGAAUUUGAAGUUGACUUUGCUUGUAUAAUCAAAAAAGUUCUCUCUAUGGCAUGACCGAACGGUCAAAAUGGUAAUGUGUUAAUGCUUUGGUCAUUGAUGAAAAUAAAAGGAAUGUUUUAAAAAGCAAACAUUAUUAUUUUUUACGAGUUAAUAAAACAAGAAUCUUCUCACGGUACAUUUAAUGCCGUAAUUUUAAAUGAAUUAUAGUCUUUUCGCGUGUACUCUGCGUAAAAUGCACAGACAAAUGAAUGACGAUAGUUCAAAAAAUGUAUGUAUGUAUAUAUGUAACAUUUGCUACAUUUUUUCUUCAUUUAAAAUUUACACUAUUUAAAAAUACUGUGGCAAGAAUCUUUGUUUUUGAAUCUUUAAAUUAUUUAAAUAAUAAUGUUUGUUUGAGAUUUUGAUUUUUCAUAUUAAAAAAAAUGUAUAAUUAAAAAAAAAUGCAUUUAAUAUAUUAUGAUCAUAUCCUACAUGCUAGAAUAUAUUCUAAUGCCUAUUCUAUGAAGAUUUAAUGAUACUUUGAUGCAUGUAUUCGGCGUAGUAGACUUUGAAGACCAAUUGUUACUAAGUGACAUAAUACGGAAAAUGCUUGAGUGAAUUGUAAUUUCAAGUGCAUUUAUGCACAUGCAUAGUUGUCAGUAUGCAGGAUUUACAAUUAAGUUUUUAUCAAUUAUUUAAAUAUUUAGUUUAAUAAAGUAAAGACAAGUUUUAAGAUAGGGAAAAAUAUCAUCAUUAACUCUCUUAGAUUAACAUAGAAAUAAAUAACUUGAAACAUGUAAUAUUUUAUAUUCAUUUGAAGUAUGCUCCAUCUUCAGAUAUGCAUUUUACAUAGACUAAUGCUUGUAAGAAUGCCCUAACUAUAGCAACAAAUCUAAAACAGUUUGAUUAAUAACUUUAAUGUUAAACGAAUGAAUAAAGUAAUUAGUUUAAUAUAUUCUUUGUCAAACAUAAGUGUGUUAAAUUUAAUAUAGACAUUAAUUUGUUUUGGAUUCUGUUACUAUAGUUAGUUGACUCUAAGAAUAUUCUGUAUUUGAAAAUAUAUUAUGAUAAAAUACAUGUGACUUACAAACAUUGCCAUUUAUUUCUAUGGGUUUUUGGAGAAUUCAAUGUUUUGACUUUUAGAAUGUUUUAUGAGAAGCUUUAAGAUGAUAUACAUGAUUUGAACUUGAGAAAAUACUGUUCUGUUGGUGUAAUUGUUAGUAUUUAUUAGUAUGAGCGUUGAAUGUGCUUUUAUGUUGAAUUGCAUGCGCAGGGUGAAAAAUUUCUUUCUCGUUACAUUAAAUUUUCCAUCCAAAGAUUUAUGUUUCGAGUAAAUAUCAACAGUUUGAAGUAUUUAUUCUCUAUUAAAAAAGUUUUGUAGUUUAAAUUUUGUUAUUUGAGGACUCGAUAGACAGUUCUGUGCAAUAAAAUCCCCAAAUUUUCUCCAAAUUAGUUUCCUGUUGUAUGCAGUGUUUGAAUUUUGCAAAUCAAUCCCCUCUUUCUCAAAAUUAGAUUACUUGAAAGAAAAGAUCCAGUGUUUAUUUUACGCGAAAACAAAAUGAAGCAAAGCAAAGUUUUUUUACAAAAUUAUUCUGACGGGCUUUGUUAAAAGAAAGAUAGCAAAAAAAUAUGUAUAUAUUUGCUCAUAUUUUACAUAGAAUAAGUGCUAGUUUCAUAAGAAAAAAAAAAAGAUAUAUAUUUACUUUUUUGAAUUUUUAUUUUCUUAAAGUAGCAGAAAUAAUAGUUAAUCUCUAGUUAUUAGGAAUGUUAUAGAAUUGUAAGAAUUGAUUUUUGGAGGAGGAGGAAAAUUGUCAGGAAAUUAACUUAGAAAUCCUUGAAACAAGUAAAUAAAUAAUAAAUUUAAAUCAAAUUAUUACAGACAAGUUCAUAAGUAUAAUUAAUAAAAAUCAUCUUUAUUACUAUAUGUAAUUGGCAGUGUACUUUUCUAGACAAGUGCAGAUUUUGGGAAACUGCUAAAGCUGAAUAUUGAACAUAACUUCAUUAUUUAAUAUUAUAUGUAAAGGAUUUAUAAACAGGAUUUUCAGUCAAUUUUUGAACUUCAAAUGCAGAAAUGAUUCGUUUCAGUUUCAGUUCUUUAACAGUAGUACAGUAUCUUUAAUAUUUUCAAUCUUAUGAGAAAUAAUUCUUUUGUAGGAUCUUCAGCUUGAAUAAUUUGCAUUACUAUUAACUGUAUUGUACCAUAUUAUAGAUGUAAUUUUAACCGAUAAAUCCUAUUUAUUAUUUCAGUUAAUCCAUCUUAUAAACUACUACUAAAUUCUAUGAUUAUUGUAUUUUGAGAAUCCAUUUUUCUUGUAAUCUGCAUGGAAAUUUGUUAACAUUUUCUUUCUGUUACAUUCUCUAUUUUGCCUGUUUUAUAAAUACAGUUAUACCAAACUGGACAUUUCUCCCGGCUUAUUUAUAUUUAAAAAAAAAAAAAUUUGGUUCUUGAUAACGUGAAAUCAAAAUUUUGUAAAGACCCUAUGACACGUACCUUGUGCCAAUUGUCGUGGAGCACCUGGUAAAUGGGUGCAAAUUGCAUCCACCUCGAGGAUAGAAUUUAUUAAUUUGAUUUCUUGAGAGAAAUUCAUUGCAAGCUCAAAAGCAAACUGCUCUUGAUUUCACCUUAACAAAGACCAAAUGUAUUCAAACCCUGCACUACUGUACAUUAAAUGGAAACUAUCGAACAUUUAUGAUUUCUAAUUAAUAUAGGAAUGAUUUUCGAUUCUUAAAUUAAUUUUAGAACUAGUUAAAUCAAAAAAAAAUGUUAAGAAUAAAGAAAGACAAAAUAACAACAACAUAUCAAUAAUUAGUAAUCUUGUAAAUAAUAAUUAACUUAAACUAAAUAAUAAUAAUAAUGUAUGGAUAUAGUUGUAAACUAGAAUCUAUUUCAAAAAUUUUUUAAUGAAUAAGCUAUCUAUUAUUAGCAAAAUAUUAUAGGGAAUAAAUUGUAAAAACUUUAGCUUUUGGAGCCAAAUUUUUUCAAAAAAAAA